GGGGGCGGUGCCAUGGCAAAAGAACUCCGCCGGGAGAAUCCCAAUUCGUGGUCCUCAGAAUUGGUUCAGGGUUGUUUCGCGGUUCCUCCCAUAUUCUGCCUCCGAGUUCCAGUGGGGCUGGCUGUGGGCCCCCUAUGCCGUUUGAGGCGUGAAACUCACCUCAGGAAAUGCAUCUGAUCCAUUAGCAUGGAUUCAUAUUAUUUGGUGAUGGAGAAUCUUCAGCUGUGUUAAGUGUUACCCUCAGUUUCAGAGAUGGCCUCUUUGCAAAGGAAAGGUCUACAGGCAAGGAUUCUCACCUCUGAAGAAGAGGAGAAACUGAAAAGAGACCAAACUUUGGUGUCUAAUUUUAAACAGCAGAAAUUGGAACAAGAGGCUCAGAAAAACUGGGAUCUUUUUUACAAAAGAAAUAGCACUAAUUUCUUCAAAGACAGACACUGGACCACCAGAGAGUUUGAGGAGCUAAGGUCAUGUAGAGAGUUUGAAGAUCAAAAGUUAACAAUGCUUGAAGCUGGCUGUGGGGUUGGAAACUGUUUAUUCCCACUUUUAGAAGAAGAUCCGAAUAUCUUUGCCUAUGCCUGUGAUUUUUCUCCAAGAGCAGUUGAAUAUGUUAAGCAAAAUCCUUUAUAUGACACAGAAAGAUGCAAGGUAUUCCAGUGUGAUCUGACCAAAGAUGAUCUUCUGGAUCAUGUACCGCCAGAGUCGGUGGAUGUUGUUAUGUUGAUAUUUGUGCUGUCAGCUGUUAAUCCUGAUAAGAUGCACCUUGUCUUACAAAACAUUUACAAGGUAUUAAAACCAGGCAAAAGUGUCUUGUUUCGUGACUACGGGCUGUAUGAUCAUGCCAUGCUUAGGUUUAAAGCCGGCAGCAAGCUUGGAGAAAACUUUUAUGUUAGACAAGAUGGGACCAGAUCAUAUUUUUUUACUGAUGAAUUCCUGGCUCAGCUCUUUAUGGACACAGGUUAUGAAGAAGUGGUAAACGAGUAUGUGUUUCGAGAGACGGUGAAUAAAAAAGAAGGCCUGUGUGUGCCAAGAGUUUUCCUUCAGAGCAAAUUUCUAAAGCCUCCUAAGAACCCAUCUCCUGUGGUCCUGGGCCUGGAUCCUAAGUCCUGACCUUUCAUGAGGUCUCAAUCAAAAGUCUGGAACCUGUAGGAUAUCUGGCUGUGUUUUUGUAUUAUAUGAACCACAGAAAAUAAUCUUCCAGUAUGAUAUUGUUUUCAGUAUAGUACCUCAACCCCAAUUUUGCCUGGUAUCCCUUUAUCCAGACCUUUUGUUUUCAACUUACAGUCUUAUUCUGGGGUGGGGGAUGUACAGUCUGGCUGUGUGGACUUGCAGGAGAGAUUUAGGGUUCUAACUGCUUCUUACUGACUUCCAACCAGUCCUCCUGUAUUCAGUCUUAGACACACCCCCACUUAUACUAGACGUAGCUGAUACUACCAAACCUGGUCACAGAACUCUAUGGGAGUCUUGAUGCAAGUUGAGUUGCUUCUUGACUUUCAUCCCUGCUGGCUUAAGACUCAGCUUCACAAGCCUGCUAAGUCAGUUGCUAUUUAUCCUGUUUUCUAGCCCUUCAAAUUUUUAAAUGAAAAUUUGUAUUUUUAACUGACAAAUAAUAAUUAUAUAUAUGGAAUAAAUAUGAUGUUUUGAUAGUAAUAGAUGUAUACAUUGUGGAAUGAUUAUAUGAAGCUAAUUAAGAUAUCCCUCUCCUCACGUACUUCUUUUUCUUUGUAUUGAGAGCAUUCAAAAUCUAUUCUUGGCCAACUAUGGUGGCUCACACCUGUAAUUCCAACACUUUGAGAGGCCAAGGCAGGAAGAUUGCUUGAGCCCAGGAAUUCAGGGGUUCCAGACACCAGCCUGGGCAACAUAGAAAGACUGUCUCUAAUAAAAAAAAAAAAAGUAAAAAUAAAUGUUUAAUUAAAACAAUUUAUUAUUGUUAUUAUUUUUACAAUUUUGAAACCGUAGGGGCCAGGAAAAAACUUCCCCUUUGCCCUCUGAAGAAUAACUAAGAAAAUCACUCACAAAAUGCAGAUUAAUAGGAGAAAUGGCAUAAAAACUUAGUAAUUGCUUUCCUUGGUGGAUCCCUUAGGUGUUUAUGUAGAUAGAGAAAAGGUUUCUUCUAGCAUCUGUUGAUCGCUAAGGACAUUUAAUUCAAAAUACUCAUUAUACCAGGGAGCCAUAUUUGGGGGUAAAAUUCCGGAAGCUCCUUCAAAAUAUACCUUAUUAUUGACUAUGGUCACCAUGUACAAUGGAUCUCAAAAACAUAUUCCUCCUGGCUAACUGAAAUGUGUGCCCUUUGGGUCAACAUCUCCCCUACUCCCUUCCUCCCCCAGCCUCCGGUAACCACCAUUCUACUUUCUGCUUCUAUGAGUUCAACUUCUUAAAAUUCCACAUAUAAGUGAAAUCAUGUGAUAUUUGUCUUUCUGAAUCUGGCUUAUUUCACUUAGCAUAAUAUCUUCCAGCAUCAUCCAUGUUGUUGCAAAUGAUAGAAUUUCCUUGUUUCUAAUGUUCUCCUAAAUUUAAUCAAUUGUAUGGGGUUUAUGUGAUAAAAAAUCCUUUUGCUGUCAUUUUCAUGGGUUUUCCAGAAGGAGCCUAACUAGGUACAUGUGCUUAGUCUGUCUGUUUUUCUUUUUUUUUUUUAAUAAGCAGGUCUCCCUCUGUUGCCAGGCUGGAUUGCAGUGGCCUGAUCAUGACUCAUUGCAACCUCUGCCUCCCAGGCCCAAGCAAUCCUCCUACCUCAGCCUCCAAGUAGCUGGGACUGCAGGUGUGUGCCAGCAUGUGUGGCUAAUUUUAUUUUUGUAAAGACAGAGUCUCCUUAUAUUGCCCAGGCUGGUCUCAAACUCCUGGGCUCGAGAUCCUCCUGCCUCUGCCUCCCAAAGUGCUGGGAUUACAGGCAUGAGCCAUGGUGCCUGGCCUAGUCUGUCAUCUUUAAACAAUUGGGUUGGGAAGGAAAAGGUAGCAUAUAGAUAUUGAUAGAUGAUUUAAGCAGAAAUAGAUUAGCAUAAUUGUCCAUUGUAAAGGGGCUGAAUGAUCUGGAGAAAUGGAGGCAACUCAGGAAAACUGAACUUGGUGGUGUAUGCUUAGAACUAAUGAAAAAUGGCCGGGCACAGAUGCUCAUGCCUAUAAUCCCAGCACUUUGGGAGGGUGAGAGGGAGAAUAAUUUGAGGCCAGGAAUUCAAGGUUGCAGUGAGCCAUGAUUGUGCCAGCCUGGGCAGCAGAGUGAGACCGCAACCCUUAAAAAAAAAAAAAAAAAAAAAGAACCAAAGAAAUGUUAGUUCCAGGGAUUCCCAGGGACAUGGGCAGGGUCCAAGAAUGAUGCUGAGUUAAGGUUAGGUGACUGUUCAGAGAGCUACUUCAACUUGUAUCCCAUAUUAUGGAUCAAGGACCUUAAAAAUAGCCAUACUUCUUUUGUUGUAGUAACUCAGUUUGUAGGAUUGUUUCCUAAGAGAUGUCUGACAUAUUCAAGGACUUCUUCACAAAGAUGUUCAUUAGCUGCAUUAUUUAUAGUACCAAACAUUAUAAAUAGUCUAAACGAGAGACCCACAAGCUAUGGCUAUAACAGUGACAAGGAGGCCUAGCGUGACUAACUCCGUUUUGCUCCUAACCCCCCUGCAGCAAUAACCUGUAUCUUUUAGGUUAACUGCUUUUGCUUAUCUCUGCACAUAGGCCAAGCUAACUAUAGGAGGAAUUUAGUUCAUAGUUUAAAGCAAGGAUGGUAAUAGUGCCUCCCCCAAAACUAACCCCUGAGGAGAUAAGGAGGAUGUAUGCAAGUAAUAAUGUUAUGUUAAAGAUUUAUAAGAGCGUUGUGACCUGACCAAGGACAAAGUGUCACCACCUCCUUGGACCCUUGCUGCCACCCAGAUGUGAUCACUGGCCACUUCUUGACCUCAACUCCCUCCCUCUUCCCCCUUCCUCUCACAUAAAAGGAGCCUGAAAUUUGGAUUGACUUAAAAAUGGUUCUUUAGGACAUUACUCUUCCAUUUUCUUGGUUUGCUGGCUCUCUGAAUAAAAUUCACUUUCCUUGCCUCAA